GAAUUGUUUCAGUGCUAACCUUCUCUCCGUCCUUGGUUUAAUCAGUAUCUUUGGUUUGUAUAUCAGAUACCACAACCUGUACUGUCAAGGGAAGAAUGUGGUGUCAGCGUAUAGGCUGAAAACCAAUAUAAAUAAGUUUAUAGAGGCACACAGGAAUGUUCUGGAGAUUGAUAAUAAGCCGAGUAAAAACAAAUAUCAUCCCAUCACGUGCGGGGUUCAACCGGUCAUCUCAGGACAAAGGAUUUGUUCUUUCGAUACAGAGGAGUAGAUUCCUGGAUAUACCAGCACUGGAUACAGGGGAGUAUAUUCCUGGAUAUACCAGCACUGGAUACAGAGGAGUAGAUUCCUGGAUAUACCAGUACUGGAUACAGCUGGGAGUAUAUUCCUGGAUAUACCAGCACUGGAUACAGAGGAGUAGAUUCCUGGAUAUACCAGCACUGGAUACAGAGGAGUAGAUUCCUGGAUAUACCAGCACUGGAUACAAGGGAGUAUAUUCCUGGAUAUACCAGCACUGGAUACAGAGGAGUAGAUUCCUGGAUAUAACAGUACUGGAUACAAGGGAGUAGAUUCCUGGAUAUACCAGCACUGAAUACAGAGGAGUAGAUUCCUAUACCAGUACUGGAUACAAGGGAGUAGAUUCCUGGAUAUACCAGCACUGAAUACAUAGGAGUAGAUUCCUAUACCAGCACUGGAUACCAGGGAGUAGAUUCCUGGAUAUACCAGCACUUGAGUUAUUCUAAUAUUGUAUUUAAUGCAAAUAAGUGCCCUCACAAACCCAAAAAGACCUUGAAGUAAAAACCUAGUUAAAUACUUUUGAACCAAAAAUAUAUAUUUAUUAUUAUGUGAACACCAGCUAAAUCUUUGUAAUAUGUAAAAUUUUGUUUUUAACUAAAAUGCUGUAAAUAAUCGUUUUUAUCAAAAUUCAAAAAUUGUUUUGUCCUCACUACAGAGUCGAGAAUAUGCAUGUUUAAAUAAUGUUACUUGUAUCAUGUGCAAUGAGACUACUCUUAAAUUAAACAACAUUACUUGUAAUAUGUAAACGAGAGAUUAUGUCUGUUGUAAUUUUUAUUUGAUUUUAAAAAUAUUCUUGUGUUAACAGUGUUAUUUUAUUGUGUUUUAGAUAAAAAGAUAAAAAUAAAGAUGAGUUUAAGAAUAAAGAAACUACAGAAGAAAAUGAAUAUUUAUAGAUCUCAUCAUACUACUGCUGAAGAAUACCAUCAUAGGUUUUUGGAAGAAGGGGAAAAAAGACUUGCUCUAAUGAAAUCAUACAAUCAAUUUCUUUAUGAGAUGCUUGAAGUCCCAGACAAGCUGAGUCAAUUAGAGACAUGGCAUGUAAAGCAGUUUGAUGAAAGUCUUCUCCCUGUCUAUGGUUGGAUUCAAGAAACAGGUAGGAUGGGAUGGAUUGAAGAGACAAGAUUACACGGAUGGGAAGGUGAGGAGAAGGAUCAGAAGGAAUGGAACCAAGAUUUUGGAGGAUUAGGAUGGAACGAUGAGCUGGACUAUUUGGGAUUACAUGUAGAAUCGGAGGGUUCAGAAUUAAGGAACCAGUUGGCAGAUUGGGCAGAGAAGGAAGCUAGCAAACUAGAACAAGGAGCCUCUGAGACAAUGGAGGCGAGCAAACUAGAACAAGGAGCCUCAGAGACAAGGGAGGUUAGCCAACUAGGACCUGAAGCAUCCAAGACCGCGAAAAUAAAAAGAAGGAAGUAUACUAAAAGAUCUAAACCUAAUGGAACAAAAGAAGAAAACCAGAACGGUCAGCUGGUGGAACUAGGUGGAGAAUACUUUUCCAAAUUAGAGUCAGGAUUUCAAGUUCAAGGUUCAAGGUUUCUCAGGCAUCAAGAUUUCAACUAUGGAAAUCUUAUUGCUGUUCCUGCUCCUAUUUUUGUAAUGUUUGGUUUUCCCACUGGAGCUCAAUAUAAAAUCUGAAUUUGAUGUUCAAUGUUAAAUGAAAUAUUUUUUUCAG